AUGGCAAACACCAACCCCCAACCCAGCCCCCCCGCUCCCACCCGAGCCGGCGCAACCCUCCUCGCCCUCCCCACCGAAAUACUCAUCACCAUCAGCCAAAACCUCUGCCUGCACUGCCGCUUCCCGCGCAUCGGCGAGCUUCCCGACGACGAAACCACCACGGGCGUGCACGAACAAACCUCCCUCGGGCACCUCAGCCUGGCCUGCACCCGGCUGCGCGCCGUCGCCCAGCCCAUCCUCUUCCACUUCUUCCACCCGCUCAGCGACGGACACUGCACCACGCGCCUCCGCCUCGCCCACCUCGUCCGCACCCUCUACCACCGCCCCGACCUCGCCGCCGCCGUCAAAAGCCUUGUCCUCUGGACCCCCAACGACAACGACAACGACAACGACAACGACAACGACAACGACAACGACAACGACAACGACAACGACAACGACAACGACAACGACAACGACACCACCACCACCCCCAGCAGCCACGCCCCAUUCACCGCCGCCGCCGAGCGCCUCGACCCUUGGUGGGUCGACCGCAUGCACGACUCCCUGGAGGAGCUGCAGGAGCUGGCGAUGGCGCUGACGUCGGGGGCGGUGGGGUACGUGUUGCUGCAGCGGUGGUUUGGGGGCGCGGGGGCGCUGGCGACGACGGAUUGGCUGGGGUGGGCGCGGCCGAUGGAGGGGCUGCGGCAUCUGGUGCUGGUCGGGUGGCGGUAUCGGUGGCCGAUGCAGUGGGAGUAUACCUUCCAUAUCAAGGAGGCGCGGGCGUUGCUGAGGUCGAGCGCGAAGGGGUUGGAGAGCCUGGUGGCAGUGGAUUGUGGUGCCGAUGGCGUGGGCCCCCCGUCCGUGGUCAGUGGGCGGGAUCCGUUGAAGGCGGUGCCGUGGGAUGUGGAGUUGCCGCGGCUGAGGAGGUUGUCGAUUAGUGGUGAGAAUGUGGGGGUGGAGGAGGUCGAGGCCAUCGUGCGGCAUAGUGAAGUGUUUGAGGACUUGGAGCUGUUUCACUCGCAGUUUUAUCACGGCCGGGAAUGGGUGCGGGAUGUGCUUGAUUUGGAGAGGCACUUGGGGACGGCGAAGAAGACGUUGAAAAGGUUGUGUUAUUCGGCUUUUCCGAUCAAGGCACCGCUGAGGGAGACUGAUGUGUGCGACGAGGAAUAUGAACAGAGUGAUUCGGAUGACGACGAGGACUACUUUGACCCGACUUGGCAUGGGCUCGAGGGGUUUGAGGCUGGGUUUUCGUUGAAGGAUUUCUCUGUUCUUGAGACACUCGAGCUGGAGCAGCUAGUGUUGUACGGGCCUGUAUUUGAGGAGCCUGAUAACGUGGAGAACGACCGCAGCGGCGAGCUGGUGACGACCGACGACUUCCUGGAAAAGUUCCCGCCGUCGUUGAGAUCCCUUCUCAAGGGGCUUGCUUCCAACACGGCCCGGAUUCCCAGUCCGACUUCCUGA